UGUUUCAUGUUUGUGAAUCUAGAGAGGCGCAAGGACGCUCCAAAAGAGAACAAAAGAGAUUAUUGGAUACUUUCUUCCUUUUUCUUUUUGACGUUUUCAUUUCUUCUUUUAAUAUAAUUCCGCGAAAAAAACUCGAAAAGACAGCUUUUUAAACUGUAAAGUGUCCGAAAUUGAUAAGCCCGAGAUUUGCAAGAAUUUGAUAUCACACUGCAUCAGGAAGAUAAUUAUUACUAAUAAUGUGGAGCUGAUUUGGGCUAUUGGUUUCCAAUGCUGUGCCGUUCCGGUUUCCUCUUAGUAUGAAUUUUUACCUUUUUCUUAGGUUUCUUUAAACUAGUAGAAUCUUGGAACGCAGAUAUCUGGAUUUAACCCUUCUGUCAAAAAACAGAUUUCUUUAAGGGUUUUCUCAUCGACGUUAUUUGAAGGAAAUUAAACAGUUCAAGUAAAAAGUGCAGGCGCGGUGAAGAUCAAUUCUAAUUUUGUAGCUGAUGAGGAUUGAAGUAUGGCUUGGAGCAAUCCUGCUAUUAUGCAGACUAUUCUGCAGUACAAUAGGUGCAUUUGUUGGGAUAAAUAUUGGUACUGAUGUUACUAACCUACCAUCAGCUACUGAUAUUAUUGGAAUCCUUAAAACUAAUCGAAUAAAUCAUGUGCGCCUUUUUGAUUCCGAUGCCCACAUUCUGAGUGCUCUCUCCAACACUGGCAUUGAAGUCAUGGUUGGUGUUACAAAUGAAGAAGUUUUAGGGAUCGGAGAAUCCCCAUCAGCAGCAGCAGCCUGGAUUAAUAAAAAUGUUGCAGCUUAUCUGCCUGGGACAAAUAUUACAGCAAUUGCUGUGGGCAGUGAAGUUCUCACUUCAAUCCCAAAUGCAGCACCAGUUCUGGUUCCUGCUAUGAAUAACCUGUAUAAAGCCUUAGUUGCUUCGGAUCUAAAUUAUCUAGUUAAAGUUUCGACGCCACAGUCAAUGGGCGUAAUUCCUCGGCCAUUUCCUCCUUCUGCUGCCACCUUUAAUACUACAUGGAACUCCACAAUAUUCCAGAUCCUACAGUUCUUAAGAAACACAAAUUCCUCUUACAUGUUAAAUGCUUAUCCUUAUUAUGAAUAUGUUAAGAGCAAUGGCAUUUUUCCUAUCGAAUAUGCUCUUUUCCGACCACUCUCAUCAGUCAAACAAAUUGUUGACCCGAACACCCUUUUUGGCUAUAACAGUAUGUUUGAUGCUUUGGUGGAUGCAACCUAUAACUCAAUAUCUGCUCUCAACUUUUCGAAGAUCCCUAUUGUUGUGACUGAAACUGGUUGGCCUUGGUUUGGUGGUGCCAAAGAACCUUAUGCCACUAUAGAAAAUGCAGAAACAUUUAACAAUAACUUGAUUCGGCGUGUUUCAAAUGAUUCUGGUCCACCUAGUCAACCCGACAUUCCAAUAAAUACAUACAUCUAUGAGUUGUUCAAUGAAGAUAAACGGCGUGGGCCUGUCUCAGAGAGGAACUGGGGUGUCCUCUUUCCUAACAGCACUUCUGUCUAUUCAAUUAGUUUGAGUAAUUCAGGAAGUCUCAAUGCAAAUUCAUCAACGGUUUUUUGUAUCGUAAAACCAGGUGCAAAUGAGGAUUCGCUGAGAAGCGGAAUUGAUUGGGCUUGUGGACCUGGCCAAGCUAAUUGCAGAGCUAUUCAACAAGGGCAGCCUUGCUAUUUACCUGAUACUUGGCAAAAUCAUGCUUCUUAUGCUUACAACGAUUACUAUCAAAAAAUGCACAGUUCUGGAGGAACUUGUGACUUUGAUGGUACAGCUACGACUACUACUAUUGAUCCUAGUUAUGGAUCCUGCAGAUUUAGUGGAAGUUCGAAUUCAAGUACUGGUAGGCUAGUUCCUCCUCCUGCUUUUGGACCGGUUGGUCAAUCUUCGAGAAGCUCAAGGAAUUAUAUAUAUUUCCAUCAAAUUGGAUUGUUGUCUGCAGUAGUUCUUGCAUUGAUUUUAGUUUGAUGCUAGUUAAUGUCAGAAAGAUUUUGUAGAAUGCAAGUCGAUGAACUGAGAUUGUACCUUCAGAAGAUGUUCAUAACUUAUGAAAAAAUUUCGCAUCCAUUGAAAAUUCCGUUAGUGUUA